CCGAAUUCGCCUUUGACGUUCGAGAUCACUACGUCGCUCUUGAAUUGAGGUUAGAUUAAAAAAAUAUAAAAUGUUUAUGUGACUGGAGCUCGAGUAAAGUUCGAUUUCCAAAUUAAAGCUAUACUAAAAUGGCUCUAUCUAGUAAUAUUGGUUCGUUAAUUCGGCGAAUAGCUUUAGUAGAUAUCAGGAGCAUUAGGUUUUAUUCUAAUCAAGUUGAAGGAGUUGCUGGUGAAGAGGAGCAAAAUGUGGUAGAUCCUACGAAAGACAGAACCAAAAUAAUUCCGGUGGAAACAAGUAUGAAGUACAUGAAUAGUAAAGCCUAUCAAGAAACCUAUGGUGAAAAACCUGUAUGGGUUCUAUACAGACGCAAUCACAAGGGUGGUGUGGCUCCUAGGAACACCAGAAAAUCGUGUGUGAGGAACGGAGUUAUUUCAACCGGUAAUCCUUGUCCGAUCUGCAGAGAUGAAUAUUUGGUGCUAGAUCACAGGAAUACCAAGUUACUUCAACAAUUCAUAUCAGAAUACACUGGUCAGAUUCUGGAACCUUUCAAUACAGGAGUGUGUCGAAAGAAGCACAAAGAGUUGCUGGUGGCCAUUGAAAGAGCCAGGGACCAAGGCUACCUUACCUAUGAUGUACCAUUCAGGGAGUAUGAUUAUUCACUGUACAAUAAAAACACAACUUCAUAAAUAAAACAUGAUUAGAUUAGAGUAUGU